CACGAGUAGUUCACUUCUGUUCGGUGCGGUGUCGCGGUGAUUUUGAGGGGACUGAAGAGACGAGAGGGACUGGGGAACGAGAGAAAGAAAGAACACGCUCCGAGCUCGCAUCGCCACUCGAGGGUGCGAGGUGACGAGCGGCGAGAUAUCAUUCGGUGUGCCCCUAGUCCUCGCGACGUACCCGAUCCUCCCCCGCGUUUUUAUCGCGCGCAGACGGGUCAUAGAUCAGUCGCGAAACCCGUCGAGGGACGUUUAUCCGUCGGGACACACAUCAGUGCAAAGGUUUUUCCGUCGACCUGGUUGAGCUGCGCCGCCCACGCGUUCCUCUCGUUCACGAGUCGGGACAGCGACACACCUGGGAGAACGCGUCGCUGGACAGGAUCGUCUUGGUCGUCCGUAGUCGACGACCGCUCUGGAUAGGUAAGUCACUCAACUUUAACACGGACGAAUCCACAGCUGAUUCCCAAAGAAACUUCUCACCGACAGGAAACGGAAGAAGAGUGCCGACAUGUCGGCCUUGAGCGCCGGGACUUGUCGACCCGGGAUUAUACUCUGUCUGACCGUUCUACUGGCAUCGCAAUCUAAUUCUGCGCCAGUACUCGACCACGAUGCCACACAAGUUGCAGAAUACGACGGAGCUUCGGCAGGAUGCUACUACAACUACCAGCGUUACGACGAAGGCGAUCGAAUCGUGACGAACGAGCCAUGCCUGAACUGCACGUGCCACAAUCGGAUGCUGAUGUGUUACCUGAGGGUUUGCCCCUUCUCGAAAGCGAUAGGCCAGGAUUGCACAGUCGAGAAGAGACCAGACCAAUGCUGUCCCGUGAUCACCUGUCCAGAAGUCCCGGUGCAGUUGCUGACGUCCACGACCACAGCACCAGCGGCCACUUCCGGUUCCACGGCGUUAGGAUUCCACGACAAUUAUGGCUGCAACCUUCACGAUCGAUUCUACGCGGACGGUGCCCAGCUGCCCACCGAUCCACAGAAUCCUUGCGAGCUGUGUUACUGCAUCAGGAACAGGACCACUUGCGUCAUGCAGGAAUGCACUCUGCGGGUGGCCGGAUGCAGGCCAGUCUACCAACCAGGCGUGUGUUGUCCGGUCAAAUACAAUUGCGAAUAUGACGAGGAUCUUGCUACCACGAUUGAACCAACGCCUGGCCUGAUUAUGACCACCACGCUAGCGCCCGGAGCAUCGCCGCAAUGUUAUCACGAAGGAAACGUUUACGAGGAUGGCGAUCUGAUCUACUCGAAGCAGCCUUGUCAGCACUGCUACUGCUUCCGCGGUGACAUCGCCUGCGCUGUUCAGAACUGUGGUACGCCCAUGAAGACGCACGGAAAGAACUGCACCGCUUUGCCACCGCCGGAGGGCAAAUGUUGCCCGACCACGUAUCAAUGCGAUGAAGACGAGCUCAUAACGGUGCCAAGAGGCGAGGAGGAGCAAUCCACCGAGGAGGGCGUUGUCGAGACCACAAUGGAGGCAGUGACGGAAGCUGAAAAGGAACUUCCCGGUCUUGGAAGCACCGAGGAGUCCUUCCCAGGCUUCGACAACGCGAUUCCAGAAGAUCACAAAGAGGAGAGCAGCACUCAAGGUGUCACGGAACCUGUGCCAAUUGGAAAGAAACCUGAGGAAGAAGCGCCCGAAGAAGGACUCCCAGUGUCUGGAGCAACUGAGAAGGAAGCUGGCGUUUCGGAAGAAUACACGGAAAGCCCUGUUUCGGGAGCUAAAGCAACGGAACCCGUUGAGGCUGAGACAGAGGCAACACCGGCUGGCGAAGAUCGUGGUCAAGAAACGACUGCUAAGCCUGCAGAAGAGACUACUCAAGGACUCGCGAAAACGACAGCUCCUCAAGAAACGCCAGAAACGUCUUCGCCGAAACCAGAGGUACCCGAAGAACAGGUGACGAUGAAACAAGUAGAGGAACAACCCGUUACAGAGGAGACUGGGUUAGAGAAGGAACAAACCGAAGGUUCGCAGAAGGAACAACCAACCGAACAACCAAGCACCGAAAAAGCGACGGAAGAAGGUGAGAUCGAGACGAAACCUGAAGAACCCGUGACCAGUUUGGAACAGGAGCCAAGCGCCACCGAAGCUGCCGCUCCCAAAGAACCACAGUCAACCGAAGCACCUGAGAAACCUACAGAAUUACCUGAGACGUCACCUGAGACACUCCCAGAGGGCACCACAGUUAAAAGCUUAGGGGAAGAACAAAUAACGGAAGUGGCUAAAGAAGAAGAAACCCCUGCAGAGGUCUCAGAACCUGAACAGAAGGUCACGACAGUGGAAUCGAUCGAAGGAAAGCCAGAGGAAGCUGCCACUCCCGAGAUAGAAAUGACUACUGAGAAACCUGCGCAAGAAGGACCAAGCACUGAACAAGUUCCUAGCGAAGAGGGAGAAAAGGAAACGCCAUCGGAAGCAUCAACUCCCGAAGAAGGUGAGGUACAAACGGUUACAGAAGCUGAAGUUGAACAGAAGCCAGAGUUAGAGGUAUACGAUCACAAAGCACCCGAACCUGGCAAGGUACAACCUGGAAUAGUUCCCAAGAAGGAAGAUGGCAUACCUACCGAAGAGCCUGUUAUGGUUGAGCAACCUGCCGUAACGGAGAAACAAAUGGGAGAAGAGGAAGCUCCUGAGAUUCCAGAGCAGGGUCCACCUGGCAUUCCCGUCACCGAUCGCGUACCUGAAAGCAAAGCAGAAGACAAAGAAUCGGUCCCUGAAAUUCACGUAACCGAGGGCUCGGUUGACAUGAAGCCAUCAGAGUUCGUACCUGACAAUCUUGCCACAGAGGUUCCGGAGAAGGUUCCCACGACGUAUCUUCCACCUUCGUCGGAGGCAACGACGAGUCCUAAGGAACAGGAAGCGACGCCAAGUGAGGAGGGAACUGUAGCACCAACGAAGCAACCCGAAGAACCCUCUGUUACCGAAGGUCCGACAAGCGAGGAGCCAAAGAAGGAAGAAGCUGUUCCAUCUGUCACUGAAACGAGCCAAGUUCCUGUUGGACAAGAAGAAGCGACGGAAGGUAUUCCUCAAGGUACUGAAGUUAGUCCCGGUCUGGAGGCUUCAACGCCAACUGAAGAGGCUCCACAAGAGGAGACUCAACACCCUGAGAAACCGAGCGUACCUGAAGAUCACACCGCUGAGACGCCGUCUUCCGAAGGACCGCCAUCGAAGGAGACUUCCGCCGAGGAGGAAUUACCAACCAAGGGUCUAACCAUCGACGAAUCUGGCGAAACUUCCUCCGAGGAAGUCAGCGACUCCAGCGAAGAAGUGACACCUGCUAAAGGCGAAUCCACCGAGAAAGAAAUGGAAUCUGGAGAACAAGCGUCCGAAGCGCCAGUUCAACCUGCUGAAGAACAUCCAACGGAACCAGGUGUCGAAGAGCAGAGUACAGAGGGCAAAGAAGCAACCACUGAGACUUUGGCGCACUCGACUGAAGCUCCUCAUGCCGAAGAACCAUCUACGGAAGUUAGUUCUGUUCCAGAAGAGAAGCCUUCGACCGAAGAAGAGAAACCUGAAGUACAAGCCACAGCUGCUCCGGAAGAAGCUUUGCCAAGCGAGAAGCCUAGUCUCGGCGAGGUGACACCUGAAGAACAGGUUACCGAAAAACCUGUUUCAGGAGAGGAGCUGGCUCUAUCUACCGCUAAGCCACCAGAGGCUGAAGAGGGAAGCACGCCGCAGAUACCUGUUGGCGAGGGUGAAGCAACCGAAGAACCAGCCGUAGAAGAAACUCCUGAAGAAACAACCGCACCAGAAAUCGAAGGUUCGUCAGUGGCACCAGAAGUAGCAGAGGCUGAGAAACCAACUGAAGGCACUUUAAUGGUGGAAGUUCACCCAACAGUGGUCUCAGCUGAAGAGGAGAAGCCUGAGGAGCCGGUAUCCACCGAGCAGCCUGUUGUCGAACUGACCGAAGAACCGAUAACCAAAGAAACAUCUACGGUGGCUCCAGAGGAACAGAUGACUGAAGAACCAGAGGGUGUACCGAUGAAAGAGGAAGCUCAGACCGAAGGUCCUGAAUUGCCAUCGACCGAGCAACCGAUCACGGAAGCUGGGUUGGCGAAGGAAGGACCACAGGCUCCACUCGAGGAGCACAAGCCAACCAAGCCUGCCGAGCGCAAGGAGGAUGAAUUAAGUGUAGAAGGCACUCAGAAACCAUCUCUUGCAGAAGAGACGCCAACUGAAAAGCCGGUGGAAGAGGGAACAGCGACUGAAGAGGCCGAAAUACCUGCGGAAGAAAAGCCAACCGAAGGGCCUAGCGAAGAGGAGAAACCAACUGAAAGACCUAGUGAAGAGGAGAAACCUGUUGAAGAAGAGAAACCAACUGAAGGACCUAGUGAAGAAGAGAAACCCGUUGAGGAAGAGAAACCAACCGAAGGACCUAGUGAAGAGGAGAAACCUGUUGAAGAAGAGAAACCAACUGAAGGACCUAGUGAAGAGGAGAAACCUGCCGAGGAAGAGAAACCAACCGAAGGACCUAGCGAAGAGGCAAAACCUGUCGAGGAAGAAAAGCCGACGGAAGGACCUGUUGAGGAAGAAAAACCAACUGAAGGACCUAGUGAAGAAGAGAAACCCGUUGAGGAAGAGAAACCAACUGAAGGACCUAGUGAAGAGGAGAAACCUGUUGAAGAAGAGAAACCAACUGAAGGACCUAGCGAAGUAGAGAAACCUGCUGAGGAAGAAAAACCAACCGAAGGACCUAGCGAGGAGAAACCUGCUGAGGAAGAGAAACCAACCGAAGGACCUAGCGAAGAGGAGAAACCUGUUGAGGAAGUGAAGCCAACUGAAGAGCCCAGUGAAGAGGAAAAGCCUGCUGAGGAAGAAAAACCAACGGAAGGUCCAAGUGAAGAGGAGAAACCUGUUGAGGAAGUCAAGCCAACGGAAGGUCCAAGUGAAGAGGAAAAGCCUGCUGAGGAAGAAAAGCCAACCGAAGGGCCUAGCGAAGAGGAGAAACCUGUAGAGGAAGAGAAGCCAACGGAAGGACCUGUCGAGGAAGAAAAGCCAACGGAAGGUCCUGUUGAGGAGGAAAAGCCUGUUGAGGAAGAGAAACCAACCGAAGAACCUACCGAGGAAGAGAAACCUGUUGGAGAAGAAAAGCCAGCAGAAGAAGAGAAACCAACAGAAGCACCAACAGAAGAGGAGAAACCAACAGAAGGAGUCAUUGAAGAAGAGAAGCCUGUUAUGAAGGAAGGAGCAACUGAAGCGCCUGCAGAAGCAGAGAAACCAACCGAAGGACCUGUCGAAGAAGAAAAGCCUACGGAAGAACAGAAACCAACCGAAGCGCCUGUAGAAGCGGAGAAACCAACCGAAGGACCUGUAGAAGAAGAAAAGCCUACCGAAGAGCAGAAACCAACCGAAGCGUCUACAGAGGAAAAGAAAACAACAGAAGCUGAAGGGGAGAAGCCUCUUGAAGAGGAAGAACCGACUGAAAGGCCUGCAGAGGAGGAGAAACCAACCGAAGAAUCCGUUGAAGAACAGAAGCCUACCGAGGAAGAGAUAACCGAAAAACCUGUUGAAGAAGAGAAACCGUCUAUCAAGGGUGAGAAACCUACCGAGAGUAAGAUUCCAACUGAGGCACCUGGCGAAGGGGAGAAACCCACCGAAGAAGAAAAACCGUCUGAAGCGUCAAGUGAAAGACCUGCUGAAGAGGAGCCAACCAAAGGACCUGUGGAAGGAGAAGAGCCGAGCGAAGUCACGCCUGUCGCACCAAGCGAAGCACCAGUUUCGGAAGAAGUUUCCACGGCAGGUCCAGAGGUCGAAGGAAAACCGACGGAAGGUGCCGAACAAGCCUCUACAGAAGUUCCUAGCUUAGGUGAGAGUCCUACCACGAUUGGAGCUAAAGGAGAACCUGAAGUAACACCUGAAAUUUCGAAAGAAACUCCAUCGGAAGAAAUUCCAUCUACAGAAGAAGCUCAAACAGAGGCUGCUGUACCACCAGAACAACAACCCGAAGUUCCUGCCUCCCCUGAAGAAAUGACGACUGAGCCUUCUAAACUAGCUCCUGAGCAACCUGUUGAAGAGGAAUUGCCAGAAGGCACUCAGAAACCAGGGGUAUCUGAAGCAUCAACGCAAGCAAGUUCAACCGAAGUAACGAGCGAACAAGGUAAACCUCUGGAGGAAGGUGUCAGUACAGAGACCCCUGAAGUAUCUCCCACCGAAGCUGGAGCCCCUGAAGCGUCCACAGCGCCUUCCGCAGAAACGACACAGCCAGAAGAGGAACAGAAGGUUACUCUUCCGGAAGAAGCCCAAACUGAGGUCACCCCAUCGAAAGAAGCACCUACAACGGAAGCUCCUCUUGCGAAAGAAACGGAAACUCCAGCUGUACCAGAGGAAGUAUCGACUGCAGAACCAGCCAAGCCUGAAGAGGUUCCAGAAACCACGCCGCAUGCAGAAGUACCACCAAAGCCAACAACCGAACAAGCUUCCGAGGAACCUUCGACGCUUGGACAAACUCCAGAAGAGGAAACAACGUCGGAGUAUCCAGUUCGAGCGCCACCAUCGAUCCCUGGAGAAGGCAACUGCCUCGUCGAAGGACAGUCCUACAACAACAACUCAGCUGUUCCUCCCGCCAAUCCCUGUCAACUUCAGUGCCGUUGCGUCAGCAGUAUUAUCCAGUGCGAUCUUGUUCAGUGUCCACCUCCACCGAGCCACCUGUCGAACUGCAUGCCUAUUCACACAGCCAAGGAUUCCUGCUGUCCGAUGUACACUUGCGACUCCACGCCUACGGCGGUAUUGGAAUCCGAUAAUCACAUGAUCGAACAGGAAGCAGGACAGAAGACUGAACCACCUACCGAGGCUCCAACUCAAGAAACCACGAAGGAACCAUUUGUCAAGGGCUACGAAACAACUGUUGCGCCUGAAGCACCAACCACGUUGAAGUCUGUCGAACCUGAGCAACCGACUACAGCUGCAGAGCCUGCCAAGGUACGCGAGGAACAAACCAUCAGUUCAGUGCCAGAGGCAGAGUCUUCUAGUCAAAUUCCUUCGGAGGAACCGAAAGAAACACCGGAAGUACCAAGCACGGAGAAGCCUGUGAAGGAAGAGGAGCCAUCUGCCAAGGUGCCAUCUACCGAACAGCCAACCGAAGGACAGGCUGCUGAGGAACAACCUUCGAGUCCUAGCAUUGGCGAAGAGCAAGCAGUUCCGACGACACAAGCAGGCGAGGUUGAAGAGACUUCUGCUGGAAUUGGCAAAGAAACAGCUGCACCCACUACUGCGAAACCCAUGGGAGAAGAGCCAUCCGAAGAGGAACAGAAGCCUGCAGAGGGUGAGCCAGAGGCGACUGUUGCCCCUAUGGUUCCCGAGGAAGAAGUGAGCAAGGAACCUGAAGUCCCAAGCUCGUCUAUAACACCAGAGCUUGCAGUUUCAGAAGGUCUGCCAUCGGUUACCGAGACCCAGAAACCAUCGGAGGAAGGAACCACUGUCGCCGUGGAAGAACAACCUGAGGAACCCGCUCAGCCUGAACAAUCGACACCCGAAGGCGAAACUGUCCAACCAAGCGAAGCAGAAACCGAAAGACCAUCUGCAGAAACGCCUGCUCCAGGCGGUGUCAAAGCUGGCGAAGAACCCGAAGUCACCCCAGCGGAAGAAGAAUCUGUUCAACCUACGGAAGCUGGAGCACCAGCAACGGCAGAAAUGGGAGUCUCCACGGGAGCUCCAGUAUCUGAAGAAGCAACCGUUCCCGGCGUGACUAAGGAGGAAACUGCUACUGAACCAGCUGUAGAAGAAGGCUUGCAAACCACCAAGAAACCACUUACUCCUGAAGAGGGACAGACAGUACCUGUCGAAGCUGAACCUUCGACAGCUGCACCUGCAGUUGAAGAACAGACCAAAGAAACGCCUGAGGCUGAAGUGAAGCCAACUACGGAAGGCGUCGAAGAAUUGUCCACUCAACAACCUGAGAAACUCCCGGAGGAACAGUUGCCAAGCUCAACCGAGGCACCUGAAAUCGUCACCGAAGGACCAGCACCUUCUCUCCCCAAACAAACUACAGAAAAGGAGGAAGUUAGCGAGGAACCAGCAGUCGAACCGAAACCUGAGGAAGGUGGUGUGCAGCCUGGACAAGAGGAAUCUGGGAAGACUCCAUCGCCGGAAGGUCAAACUCCCGAAUCUGUUUCGCCUGCCGAAGAAGAAGCUACACCAUCCGUAAUGCCUCAAGAAGAAAUCACGGCAACACCUGAAGCGGCCAGCGAGAAACCUGUUUCAGAAUCGAUUCUGCCUCAGGAGGAAGUUGAACAACCCGCGACUGAAAAAGAAACAAUGAUUCCUGGCACCGAAGAAGCUGUUACCGUUGGCGUCAAGGAACAAUCGGCUCAGCCGGAGGAGCAACCGACGACCGUAGCAUCCACUGCUCCAGUUGAAGGCGAAGUGUCUGAAACUCCGAAACCAAUGCUUCCAGAACAGAUGCCAGAAGAACAGGGACAAAUGACAGAGGCACCAGACACUUCCUUGAAGGAGGGAACAGAAGAGCCACUGGUACCAAGCGAAGGAGAAACCACCGUGCCAGUUGUUCCCGUUGAAGAACAGAAACCAGAAGAAGGAACUCAGAAACCGAGCGUAGAAGAGGGUGUAACAUCUACGGAACCAAGCAAGAUUGCUACCGAAGGUGAAGUUACUGCCACGGGUGAAGAGCAAGCUAGCGAAGCACCAAGUUCGCCAGCCGUUGAAGAAGGAUCAACGCCACUGCCUGAAAGUGCCUCGAUCGUACCUGAGCAAGGAAUGGAGGAACAGAAGCCUGUUGAAGGUGAAGGUGUAACCGAAGAGAAAGUGUCAACUACGAGCGAAGUUAGUCCAACGCGUGAGGAAGAGCCAUCUAUGAUGGGCGAGAAGCCUUCGGAGGAGGGCGUAUUUGAAGCAGGGCAACAAACUGAAGCACCAUCUCUUGAUAAAGGAACAGGAGCACCGCAAGAGGAGGAACAAGUCGAAGGCGAAACAACUCCAGCGGUAGAGAUCAAGGGAACGACCGAACCCACACCUACAACUAGCGCCGCACCUAUCGAAGUCAGCUCAACCGAAAUGCCUGAAAAGGCACUUCCCAGCGAGGCACCAGGUCAAGAGCUCCCCGAAGUAUCGGAAACACUCCCGACAGAGGCACCUGUAGAAGCUACCGAAGUUCCUGAGAAGAUAGCUCCCGUCACGGGUGCUCCCGAAGAACUUCCUGCCGAAGUUCCGAAGGAAGAGGCUCCGACUGAAACUCCUGAAAAAGAACUGUCCACUGAAGUUCCUGAGAAAGUGACGCCCGCUGAAGAGGUUCCUGAGGAAGUGACUCCUGCCGAACAAGUUCCAGAAGCACCUAGUACAGAGCUUCCUAGCGAAAUUCCAGAGAAGAUCCCUGGCGAAGAGCCUGACAAGGUUCUCCCCGAAGAAGAGAAGCCUACCGAAGUACCUGAGAAAGUUCUUCCUGGUGAGGAGACGCCUGCUGUGACGGAGAAGGUUCUUCCUGGAGAAGAGACGCCUGCUGUAACGGAGAAGGUUCUUCCUGAAGAAGAGACGCCUGCUGUAACGGAGAAGGUUCUUCCUGGAGAAGAAACUCCUGCUGCAACAGAAAAGGUUCGUCCCGAAGAAGAGAAGCCUGUCGAAGUUACAGAGGAGAUUCUUCCCGAAGAAGAGAGGCCUGCCGAGGUAACGGAGGGUCUUCCCGAAGCAGAGAAGCCUGCAGAAGGUGAGCAACAAACGCCACAAUCCGAAGGAGAGGUAGAGCUGCAAACUACGGAGAGCAUACUCGUCAAGGAACAGUUACCUAAAGAAGGUGCACCAAGCACACCUCCUCAAGCUGAAGAAACAUCGACUGAGGCUCCAAUGAUUAGCGAAGAACCAAGCACUGCGGCGCCCGAGGCCGAAGCAACCAGUCCUCGCGAAGAACAGCCUUCGCUGGUCGAAUCGACCGAGGCUCCGAUUGUCCCUGAAGAACCAGGGCUCACGGAGGCACCUCUGCCUAGCCAACCAUCGGAGGAGGCUCACUCUUCCACGGAAUCUGCGCCAGAAUCGUCGACGGAGCACGAAACAGAGAAACAACCCGAAGUCGAGACAACCCCUGAAGAAGAGCACACGGUCGAGUCGUCGACGCAACAGUCUCAAGAAAAGAGUACUCCGGAACCAGCGAUUCCUGAGCAGCCAGCCUCGAUGAAACCCGAAGAGGGUCAACAGAUGACCGAAGCCCCUGUCCAAGAAUCCGUCACGAAACUACACGAACCGCUUCCAACCGAACCAUCGCUCGCAGAGCCAUCGGAAGAAGAACAAGAAGAAGUCGGAGAAGAAGGUCUGCCACCUCACGGCGAACCCAUGUUACCAGAAUCUGUUCCAACGACAGAAAAGGCAGAAGCUGAAGUCGAGGAACCUCUACAUCCAGUGAACGAUACAUCCGAAUCCGUCGAACCAGCAGUUCAUCCCAUCCUUCACGAAGAACCCUCGAGUACUCUAGCUCCUCAAUUACCAGAGUACCCUGACCAAGGUGUCUCUGGCGAAGACAAUCCUCACUUCCCUCCGCAAGGAGGCAGCUAUUUGAACCCUGACGAGGACUACGACGAGGACGAUCAGGCCAUAUACGGGCCAGGCACCUGCAGAUACGGCGGCAAGGUCUACGUGUCGGCGCAACAAAUACCCAGGGACGAUCCUUGCGACUUCUGCUUCUGCUUCAGAAGCGACAUCAUCUGUCUACAACAGAGCUGCCCGCCACCGAUCCCUGGCUGUCACGAGGAGCCCAUCAGCGGUUUCUGUUGCCCCAGAUACGAGUGUCCGGUGUCAAUGGCCACGUCGCUCAACCUGACAACGACCACGACGACGACCACGACCACGUUGCCCCCGCACUUCCACGCCCACGCGUACAAGGGAGCCGCAAAGAGGAGCGGCUGCCAAAUCCGCGGCCAAGCGUACCGCGUCGGGGAGGUCAUCAGGUCGGCCUCGGGACCUUGCCUUCAGUGCACUUGCGGAGGCGACGGUAACAUGAAGUGCGAGCCGAGGGUGUGCAGCCCGGAGCCGAUGCUGAGGCAGAUGAUCGCGGCAGCCACGGCCCGAAGGAGGAGAUGAGCCGGCCAACACGAUCCCGGUGAUCCGGCGAAGAAUCGUGCACACGAGGAAUGAAGUUUAGAGGGGGAUCAGUGUUGUAUAAAAGUGAAUUUAAAAAAAAAAAUAUUCUAAACUAUCUAAAUGUCGCGAAACACAGACAAU